GACGCUUUAUGCAAAUAUGCUUUUCAUGAAAGCGUUUGGCUGAUCUGGAAGAGCACUUUGUUUAAGAUGGCCGAUAGACUCACUCAGUUGCAAGAUGCUGUUAAUCAGCUUGCUGAUCAGUUCUGUAACAGCGUCGGGAUACUCCAGCAGUGCUCACCACCUAGUACUUUUGCAGGCUUUGAAAAACAGCUUGGGAAGUCACCAACUGAUACACAAGAAGAUUAUGCAGCCAUUUUUGCAAAACUUAUUGCCAGAACAGCAAAAGACAUUGACGUGCUGAUCGAGUCUGUACCUAUAGAGGACUCUUCCUUAGAGCUACAGAUUGCAACUUUAAAGAAGUUAGAAGCAGAAAAUCAAGAUACAGCCAAGAAUUUGGAGGACAUUGUCAGUAAAGGAGAAGGACUUUUAGAGCAGAUACAAAGUGCACUGAGAGACAUUGCCCAGUGUCAAUUGCAAUGUCAAGCCAUGGAAUCCAGUUCCUGACAUCAGUGUCAAUUACAAAGUCAGCUCGUGACAUCAGAGUCAAUUACAAAGUCAGCUCCUGGCAUCAGAGUCAAUUACAAAGUCAGCUCCUGACAUCAGAGUCAAUUACAAAGUCAGCUCCUGAUGUCAGAGUCAAUUACAAUGUAGGCUCACGAUGUCGGUGUCAAUUACAAUGUCGGCUCACGAUGUCGGUGUCAAUUACAAUGUCGACCCCUGGCAUCAGUGUCAAUUACAAUGUAGGCUCACGAUGUCGGUGUCAAUUACAAUGUCGGCUCACGAUGUCGGUGUCAAUUACAAUGUCGGCUCACGAUGUCAGUGUCAAUUGCAAUGUCAGCUCUUGGCAUCAGAGUCAAUUACAAUGUCGGCUCCCGACAUCUUCAAGGUCAUUGGAGGAAACAUGUUAAAACAUGUGUUAAAUCUGUGUAAAAUCUCAAAAAUGUUUUGAAAAAAUAACCAAACAGCCUAGGAUGGUGAUAAAUUCUUAGACAAGAGCUGCAAGGUUUGUUCAAAUGAAUGACCUUCAUCAACACAUUCAAGGUCACAGGCAUUAAAUAUGUUAAAAACAUUUAUA